AUGCAUGUGGGCCAAAAACUGCGCACUGCUUUUCGCGGGCCACCUGGACGUCUGGUUUUUAAAGUUGGUGGAUCGGAUGGCGAACGAUUUCGGCUCACGCGACGUUUCGACGGACAUCGCGACGGUGUAUGGCAUGUUACAGCAGAUACGAUGCGCAGCAUCUGCGGAAGUGCCAGUGCAGGAGUUAUAUCCAAUCACGUAAAAAACGAUACAGACUAUCUCAGCUGCAAAAAAUAA